CGGAGUAGAUUUUAAGGACCAGUUUUCCUCCUGCAAGUGUCAUUCCCCAUCGCCAACUUGGUAUUUUUAGGAGAAUUCAUUUGAGCUUUGGGACAAUGGUGUGGAUCACUGCUAUUACGAGAUAAUAUGGUUUCAUUUUCUUCACUUGUAGAUUUUUGGCAAUUUUAAUAGUUCACUGUUACAAACUGACAAGUUACAAAAUUAAGUAGUACAUAAUCAUACUUUGCUUACUACAUACUAGAUGUCAUAACCUUAGCGUCACACACACAAGGCCUUCUUAUUCAUGGUUGCUAGGUAGGCAUUAAGGUAACUGACCGAAAGUCUCAAAAGGGAAGUUAGAAGCUGGGUAACGAGCGGCACUUACAGAAAGCAACUGGAGGAAAGUGGGUCUUCGUCAUCUGUGACUAGAACUGGGAAGAGAAUAGUUUUUGUCUAUAACGAAAAAGUUGCAAUGGUGAAGGAAACAGGAUUUUAUGACAUGCUUGGUGUCAGGCCCAGUGCAACUGCGGAGGAGUUGAAGAAAGCCUACAGGAAGUUAGCACUGAAGUACCACCCUGACAAGAACCCAACAGAAGGAGGAAGGUUCAAGCAGAUCUCACAGGCAUAUGAAGUCCUUUCAGACACUCGGAAGAGAGAGGUGUAUGACCGCGGGGGAGAGAAAGCCAUCAAAGAUGGUGGCACUGGAGGGGGCGGGGGCUUCACCUCUCCCAUGGACAUCUUUGACAUGUUUUUUGGAGGAGGUGGAAGAAUGCACCGAGAGAGGAAAGGGAAGAACAUGGUCCAUACGCUAAGUGUGUCCCUGGAGGAGCUUUAUAACGGAGCCACCAGGAAGCUCUCCCUCCAGAAGAACAUCAUCUGUGACCGAUGCCAGGGGCGUGGGGGCAGGAAGGGAGCGGUGGAGGUGUGUCAAUGCUGCCAGGGUACAGGGGUACAGGUACAGCUCCACCAGCUCAUGGGACACGUAGUGCAGCAGGUGUCCACCCUCUGCAUAGCCUGCCAUGGCCAGGGGCUGCGCAUCAGCCAAAAGGACAAGUGUAAGGCCUGCAGGGCCCGGAAGAUCUUGCGCCAGACCAAGACUCUGGAGGUCCACAUCGACAGAGGAAUGAAAGAUGGACAGAAGAUAGUCUUCCAUGGAGAGGGUGACCAGGAGCCUGGACUGGAGCCAGGGGAUGUCAUUAUUGUCCUGGACCAGAAAGCACACCCCAUUUUCACCCGGAAGGGUGAAAAUUUGAUCAUGACCAUGGAACUUCAGUUAGUGGAGGCGCUGUGUGGCUUUCGGAAGCCACUUCAGACUCUGGACAGCAGAACUCUCCUCAUCACCUCACAUCCAGGAGAGUUAAUAAAGCCUGGUACCAAGAAGUGUGUCCUAAAUGAGGGAAUGCCCCUCUAUCGCCGGCCAUUUGAGAAGGGCCGUCUCAUCAUCGUCUUCACGGUGGUAUUUCCUGAGGAGAACUUCCUGUCCCCGAACAAGCUGAAGGAGCUGGAGCGCUACCUCCCGGGUAAGGUGGAGGACGAAGACUCGGAGAGAAUGGACGAUGACCUCUACUUCUACACAGACCUGGAGGACUGCGAGUUGCCACGCGAAAGCCAUCUCUUCGAAAACAAGGAGGACACAGACUACCACUCGAGAGGUGGCAUUCAGUGCCAAACGUCCUAGAGCACUGGGAUACAUCAAUCAGGGCUCUGCUCUGAAACGAGAACCCAGGCAUUUUGGAAGCUGCAGAUGUGAUGACAGAGAUCUCACUGACAGACAAAGAAGUAGGUUUCCCUUCCAUUACUGCACAUCCUGGUUUAGGUGGCGAAUUGGGAAAAGGAUGCUGCCAAAGUGGAUGAGAUGUGCAUUUCCUGUUUGUGAGUCAGAAGACUCGCCCGUGUGAUCAUUUCAUGUGAAGGUUGAGGUGAAGUUCUGUUUUGGGGGUUGAGGAGUGACAGGAAAACAGAGGGGAUGGCUUUUCAUUUCAAGGGUGUCAAUAUGGCACAGGAUAAAGUAAAGGAAGCACAUUUUCUGAAUCCUGCAUCAUCAUUUAGGCUAUAUUAUAUUACAAAAAACAGAAUCAGUGGAAUUAUUGGGCAGUGGAAAAAUGUAGGUUUUGAUGAUCUUAUGAAAUGGUACAUAGAGCAUCACGAUACAUUUUUGCAUCUGCUGCUUGUAUAUUUUUAACUUUGCCUUUUAUUCAAAUCUGAAAUGUUAAUCUCCUGUACGAACUAGAUUACCUGAUAUAAAAAGUAUGCUGUUGGUAGUCCUUAAUUUAAAACCAAUUGUACCCAAGGAAGUUUGUGCCAAAUGCUAAUUUUAACCAAGAGGACGUGAAAUCCACUGAUUUUAAAUAUAGAUUUUUGCGUGUAAAAGCUAUUAAGCUUUACACCAACUCAGCUGCACAUAGGCAGAAAAAGAAGCAGGGUUUUUUAUUUUUAUAUUUCCCACUUAUCCCAUGAUUGUGUUCUUAGUCACCGAGAGUGGAAAAAACCUUACAAUUAUGUCAAUCCCCAUUUUAAAAUCUUGAUAUAAAAGAUUUGCCCACAAAAAAUAUAUUGCCUGGCGAAUGUGAGAAAAUGUACAUAAAGGGUGUGGUUCAGUUGUACUGACAGCAGUUAUUUAUGCAUUACCAGUACAUGUGGGAGGGAAGAUGGGCAUGGAUAUGAACAAGAGCUCAGUGUUCUUCCUGUGACACACAGGAAGUAAAUGAGAGUCCAGUGGUUGGAACUGCAGCAAGCCUUUAUUGAAGCACUCAAGUGUAAAAUUCUGUGGCAGAGCGGCCCACAAAAAAAGUCUACCAGUUUCAUCUCUUCUGGAAGCUUCCUUACACACAAAUGCUAACUUUCAAAAAUUGUUUUUUUUCUUGCUUUGCCUUGUUGGUCAAUGUCCUUUUACUCUCUCAGCCCUUAUUCUAGAAUAUUCAAACAAUAAUGCUGCUAAGAAAAUCCAAACACUUCAUCCCCCUGUCUGCAUAAAUACUUUCUGAAUGCAUGCAAUCCCAAGAUGUUCCAAUGGGAGGUGCCAGUGAUUGAAAACACAGGAAGUGUCACAACAGCAGAACUAGGAGCAUUCACCAAACACCAUGGUUUUGGAUUCAUCCAGAUAUUGAAAACCAUGCAAAUGCGAUAAUAAACAAGUGAUGAUAGCUUCAGUUCACUGCAAUCAUGAAGUGUCAUAAAUUACACUGCCAGUUAUUACUAUGACAUCACUGACAAGCCUUUGACCAAAAAACAAUCCCAUUUCUCUUAAUUAAAAAACAAGGCCAUUUAGUAGUAACCUUAAAUGCGUGGUUCCUGAAACACAAACCACAAUAACUGUGCAUACUCGGAUGCAUGAAGGGAGGUAAUUAGUGACAUUAAGGCAAGAAAACUCAACAAAGUUUGAGCAGCUAAAAAUAUAUACUGGGUAAUACACUACCAUUUAGAUUCUACAGACCAAAAUUUGAAGAAAAAAAUGUACAUUAUAGAACAGAAUCAGGCUUGUCCAAAAAUAUUUUUGUCUUUGACUCUAAUGUACAAAGGGUCCUUAACAAUGUAUAUACUGGAAGAGGUAUGUACUGUACUAAUCCAACUCCACAAAUAACCAUGCAUUACAAAAAACAAAAAAUGUAGCGACCUGGCCAGUUGGUUUUCUUUUAACUGCAUAUGGACUCAAUGCUUGGAUUCUCUGCACACAGACUUCACACACUAAAACAGAGACACGAGCAUGCACUCCCUCGAAAGGGAAACAAUACCCUGGACACAAUGAAACAUGAAGGCUAACAAGCACGUCCCAACUGGUUAUAAACAUAUAACAUCCAUGCUUUGUAGAGGCAGCGGAGACGCACGUGAGAGAGUAACAAUGAACAGGGUGGUGAAAAUGCAAACGUGAAUUGGUGAUGCAUCAGUUUAUUCAUGAAAGACGGCCACUAAGAGACAAUGCACAGCCCUUCACGUUGCCUGUCGUAAAAUAAAUAAUCAUGCAUUUCAUUACCAGAAACACUAU